AUGAAGAACCGCUGCAGGGCACGAUGUGAGCAGAUCUCCGCGGAGCUACGCCGGCCCAGCACGCAGCUCUUCUCUGAACGCUUGCGGAGCACCGAGCAGCUGAAGCCGGAUGAGGACACGAUGGAGAUCCUCUUUGGCACAGCGGACGCAUGGCAAUGGGUGGAGGCCCGCGCGACCAUUCUCUACUCGGUCAUGGCCUUCAACCAAAAACUGAGGGGCUAUGUUGAUGCCACAGCUGCCACUUUGGUGCUGCUGAAUGGUGCAGUGAUGCUGGUGGAGUUUGAGUUGGAGGGGCGCAUCAAUGGAACCAUUGUGGGAAGCGGAGAGGACUGCCUGUUCCAGCAGAAUUGGCAAAGAGAGCGAUUCAUCCAGACUGAGGACAAUGCGUUUGUCUUCGUGUUUCUGGUCGAAUGGAUUUGCCGAAUCGUCCUUGACAAAUGGAAUUUUCUACGUGACUUUGCCAACUGGUUCGAUACCUUGCUGGUCUUUAUUGGCUUGGUGGAAGAGUUUGUUGUGUCUUUGACCAUGGAAGAGGCCUCUGCAGCAUCCAGAAGCAGCUUGGCUGAAAGCUUUCAGCACAGCUCAUCCCACCCUGCCCGGAGAUGCCAUCAGAUGGCCUCCGUCUUGGACCAAGAACCUCCCUGGCUGGCCAAGUUCCAGCGGAGGAAUCGGAAGAGGCCCUUGACGCUACCACCACUCCGCUCGCAGAUUCGUCUUCCUCCCAUGAAGCUCAUUGGAGAUGUUGGACAUGUGGUCAUGCUGAGUUUGAGUGGUCGGAUCAUUGGGUUUGUGCAAGUUGUGGCAGUGUUGAGUUUUACAAUACUAGGCAGUCAGAGCGGCGUGAGACCAGAGAAGGCGUUUGGCUUUACAUGCCUCGACAGACCUCUUGGGACACACCUGACAGCAAGCUUGCAGCACCCCCCUUUUGGAUCCCCACCGAAUACCUCCGGACACGACUUCGGAGAAGAUCGUGAGCUCGCCGAAUCCGAGACUCCGACACACGAUCCCAUUGUCGAUCCGGACGGAUCUCAAACCAGACGCCAACGAAGACGACACCGCAAAAGCAAUGCUUCGCAAGAACAGCAACAAGUUCAGGCUGAUGAAUCCGACGCUGACAUCAAGCAGAACUUGGACAAGAUCGUCACCAUGCUCAAGAAGUCCAUGUCGAACGAGAAGAGCAACUCGUCACAAGACUCAUGGAACAGUAGGAAAGGACCAGAGAAGGGAAAGAAGCUGGCAGUUUGGAAGAAACAGAUCCAAGCAUAUAUGCCCCUACAAGAUGCAGCAUUGAUGUUGUAUACGAGCCUUUCGGGUGAACCGGAAGAAGAGCUGGAGCACAUCGAUCUUGAUCGCCUGCAUCGUUCAGACGGCAUCGACUACAUUGAGAGCCUGCUUCGCCAAGGUCUUGAGACCAAGCUAAUUUACCAGAAAAGGAAGCUCAUGAGCGAGUUUGAAACAAUAGUUCGGCAGCCUUCAGAGUCCAUGCGUGCCUUUGUGAACAGAUACCGAAGGGCAGAGCGAUCCCUGCAGAGCAUCGGCAUCAACCCAAGUGGCAUGUAUGACAGUGAAGCAAUGGGCAACAGACUGCUCGAACGUGCCCGGCUUUCGCCGGAGAACGGUCGAUUGGUUUUGAUCGGGUCGAACUUCAAUCUCACCUUCGAGUCCAUAGCUGAGAGUCUGUGCAUGACAUUCCCAGAACACAAACCGCCUCCACAGUUGUUUGGGAAAGAUGGUCAGCCCAUCAAAGCAUUUCAGCAUCGCAGAGACAUUGCUCCUUCCAGUCACUCCUCGAGCUUGAGCUCCACCACCGCUACGUCCUCUUCUUCCUUUAAGGGGAAAGGAAAGGGCAAGAACAAGUUUCAGUCCAGACAAGCAUUUGCCACAGAGCAAGUUGAGUUGGAAGCAGUUCCAGAGGAGAAUGACGACGAAGAAGAUGGCAAUACAGAGUUUCACGACGCAGAAGACUGGCAAGACGAUGAGCAGCCUCCCGAAGAGGAUGAAGCUGCGUACGACGACGCUGAUGAGGAAACAGAUCUCUCCGCUGUUGUCGACGCCCUGACUGUCACAGCCAAGAAGCUACAAUCCCUUACAUUGGGAAGAAAGUACACCGGAUCCAGAACGAUCCAAGAAAGAAAGAGAACAAGCAGCUGUUCUGCGUGUGGACAGAUCGGCCACUGGGCCGGUGACGCAGAAUGCGCAAAGUCGACUUCCAAGUCCUCUGGCAAAGCCAACGGCAAAGGAAAAGACAAGCAGCAGUUCGAUGGUAAGACCAAAAAGGUUCUCUUCACCACCAUCACGGAUCAAGGUUCUGAACCCCAUCAACUACCAGAUGAAGUUCCCGAGGUUCCCAACUAUUUCAGCUUCAUGAUCAACAUGCUUUCCAGUUUGGCCGCGGCUCCGAUUCGAGCCAAGGUCAACGGACAUCUAGCAGUUCCAAUUUGUGAUUUUGAGAUUUGUGCAUCUCAGCAUGAUAUUUGGAAGUUUUUGAGCAGUCCUCACAUUUGGACGUGUCCUCAUCCGGAGAUCAUCGCUGAAGGCAUUCUUGACCAGCAGCGCUUGAUGCCCGAAGAUACAUCAGGAGUGUUCACCGUCCAGGAUGCUUCGUCAGACACCACCAUCAUGGCUUGUGAACUGGCGUCGGGUUCUGCACAUGAUCCUCCGCCUCGAGAUGCUGGCACUCCGUGCGAUGUCAAGAGCAAUUCGAUUUGGCCUGGCACCAAGAUCCUGGCUGACUCUCCAGGACAAGGUGCAACAGGAAGAGAUGGAGAAAGCUGUGGCUCAAGCCGUGACCAAGCCGCUGAAGGACGUGGGUCAAUGCUCGCACCCUCAGUGGACCAGGUACGGCAAUGCCCACGGUCGCUUCGCAAAGUGCACUCUAUGCCACACGAGGAUGAAGUGGUCACCGGAAGAAGAAACAUGGUAUCCUCUUGGACGGGCAUCUUCGGCAAAAUCUUCUUUGCCGCUUCCAUCGUCUUCAAAUACCUAUCCACAGAAGCCCAGGAGCAAGCCUAUGUCGGGACCACCACCAGGAGCUUCACAGAAGGCACUCCCGAAACCGAAGUCCUCCCCGAGCUCUUCAGCGACGCCUUCAAUCGCCAAUAUGAAUCCUCCACCACCGACUUGGUCAGAGCCGCCAUGGAAAGUGCGGUGAGGACUCAAGGACGCCAUUCCAGCCACCGCAGAGACCUUCGACAUGACAGACAUGGAGUCUGUGGAGACGAUGAGCCAGGCAGAUCUCUACGAGUGGCCGGUAGAUUGAAUCAGGAAGAGCUUGAGAGCAACUACAAGGGGCACAAGAAGUUCAUCCUGGGCAGGAUCAAGAAAGCCAUCCAUGCUGCCCAGACAGAACAAAAGACCUAUGAAGCCUUAGCUACAAAGCAUCGCGCAACUCAUUCCAAGAUUGAUAUCAUGGAGAUCUUCGCCGGGAGUGGCACAGUCUCCAAGACUGCAGUGCGCUAUGGCUUGACAGCUACCACACCGAUUGACUAUAACACCGGCUAUGACCUUUCUCAACCUGAUUCGCAAGUAGCCUGUGACCGGAUGUUGCAGACGCUUCGGCCUCUCUUUCUGCUCGCCAGCAUACAUCGCACACCCCGGCUUGUGAUGCAGGAGAAUAUGAACUAUAACACAAGACCAGAACUUCUUGAACAACUUCGUGAAGAAGAGAGACCGAUAGUUGAAAAGACCAUGGACUGGUGCAAGCGACAACAUAGUGAAGGCAGAUUCUACUUGAUCGAGAACCCCAACAACAGCCGUCUGUGGGAAGAACCCUCAGUUGUGGCAAUGCUGCAGGAGACCAAUGGUAUGGUCACGACAUGUCAUUCCGGUGCCUAUGGCGCCACGAACUCCAAGGGUCAGAAGAUCAAGAAGACCUUCAAGUUUGCCUCCAACAACAAGGACAUUUUGUACUACCUCAGCGAAAAGCUCAACGCAGAGGAACUUGCCCAGUGCAUUCCUCUACAAGGAAAAGAAGUCACCUUGUCUCAGCAUUACCCUGACGGGUUGGUCGCAUCAAUACUUAAAGGCAUCAAGUAUGACCUCAGCGAUGUUCAUUUUCCAAGGAGCCGUUUUCGAAGACCUGUUGAGCUUGCUCUCUUCUUCUACGGCUACCCGGACAUGAUCGAUGAGAACAUCGGCAUCCCUGGAGAAGAAGCAGAACAGAGGCAGAUGGAGGAGGAAUUUGCAGAGCCCAAUCCAACCAGAGAGAUCUUUCAUGAAGAGAUCACCUUUCCAAACACCAGUGGCGUUGACAAGUCCAUCAAAAUGGCAACCUCCCGAAUGCACAAGAACAUGGGUCACCUGCCACCAAAUGAGAUGAUCAAGCUGUUGGCGCUCAAUGGCAUUACAAGUGACCAGGUGAUCAAAUGCAUCAAGGCCAUGAGAUGUUCAGCAUGUCAGCGAGCAAAAGGACUUCAUUGGCCCAAUCCUGCAACUUCGACACCACAAUACCUGGGACAAUUCGCUGAUAACGUUCAGGCUGACAUCUUUUACCUCCGCGACAUGACCACCGAAAAUUACUCAAUUCUCGGCAUCAUCUGUGAAGCUACCCAUCUCCACACAGCCAUUCGACUGCCAUCCAGGAGACCCAGAGAUGUCUACGAAUCUUUCAGGACAGCCUGGCUGCAGCACUUCGGAUUUCCAAUGCGGCUAUCAGUGGAUGAUGACGGAGCCUUUAAAGCUGAGUUUGACGACAGGAUGACAGAAGGUGGUACACACCUCAAUGUGAUUGCCCCAGAAGCACAUCACCAGCUGGGGACAAUAGAACGACACAACGGCACCUUGAGAAUGCUUUUGGAAAGAAUUGUGGACUCUACACCCUGCACAUGUGGAGAGGACAUAGACAACGCAUUGAUUGCUGCCACUCAGGCCAAGAACUCGGCUACUUGGUCUUCAGGAAGGCCUCCAUAUAUAGCUGCCUUCGGGAGGAUCCCUCGCUUUGGCACUGAUCUUUUGAGUGAUCCAAGAGCAUUGAUUUCAGGUUCCACUGAGACACAACAACAAGCAGCUUUGAUGAGAGCAGAAGCUUUGAAGACCCUGGCAGAAGCGUCAGCGUCUUCUACUUUGAGGAGAGCCUUGUUGAGGAAGACCAAUGAAGUUGACGACUAUGAGCCUACUCCGGGAUCACUUCUGGCAUAUUGGAGAUGGACUGUUCGCUCACAUCGCAAACGGGGCGGAUACAGAAUAGCCAGAUUUCUCGGACGAGAUCCUGAUGGUCGCAACUACUGGGUGCAAAGUGGGAGUCAGACCUUGCGUGUAGCACGAAACCAGAUUCGCAAUGUGUUCGGCUACGAGCAGUACAUCCCUACACGGCAGGAUGUGGAUGCAUUGAAACUUGCCGAGGAGAACAUUCGAAGUGAUCAAAUUCAAGAUGACUUCGUUCCAGAAGAGAAGAGCUUCAUCGAUGCUCUAGAACGAGGCAUUCCUGUGAAGAAAGCAGAUCGGAGCAAAGUUUUGGAAGAGCACCAAUGGCCAGAGUACAGAUCCAUCAGCGGAUGCCUUCAAUGGCUUGCUGGUCAGUCAAGGGUUGAUAUCGCCAGCACUGUGUCUUUGUCAAACAAAGGUGCUGAAACCACAGGUGCUGAGCUAGAGUUGCUGAAUGACACCUUGCUCUACGUUAAGAGCACUAGAGACAAGGGUUUGAAGAUUUAUGGAAUACCCAUCGACGAGAGCACAACGCUCGGGUCCCGCAUGCUGAUUGAUGCCACGGAGUCUGAGGAUCACAUUCGCUGGAUCGUGGCCUACGCUCACGCGGCCAGUGAUGUCAAAAGCGAGCGAUGCAUUUGUGAUUUUCUUCGUGCAUUGCUUAUUUUCUUGACGUACCAAUUCAUGUUGAGGAAAGAUACCUUGGACGCGGCUCAAAACGAUGCCGAGCAGUUGGUGAUCGAUCGCUUGCAAAAGAAGCAGCAGUUUGUCAAGAAGCUGGAGGGGAUCUUCAACUCAAUCGAUGAAGGCAAGGAUGGGCUGAUCACGGAGGAGCGGCUCUCGGCGAUCCUGGAGAUUCCGCAAGUGGAGGCAUAUUUUCAAACAAUGGAUUUGGAUGUGCGAGAGGGUCGAGCUUUGUUUCACCUUAUCGACAACGGUGAUGGAGAGGUUACUCUGGAUGAGUUCAUCGAUGGAAUCAUGAGAUGCAAAGGCCCCGCCCGAGCCAUCGAUCAGGUGGGAAACCUGCCGGGCAUGGAGUGGGGUUGGCGUCAUGAUGUUAUGUAUGGGCACGGGGACGCACCCCAUAACAACCCUGCCUAUGUUUUUUCACAUUCCGCGGUCUUUCCACACGGCGUUCACCUAGCUGUUUUUAACGGAAGACAAUUGUUUCGGAAAAUUUUUGUGUUGCCUUCAUUUGAUUUGUUUCUUGUUGUUUUUCUUGCUUUACGAUUUCUCCUGUCUUGCGUUGUUUUUAGGCGUUUGCGUUUUUCCCCGCUUUGCUUUUGUUUUUCAUUGCUUUCCUGUCAAUUCUCCCGUGUUUUUUGUUUUCUUGUUUUUUGCGUUUGUUUUGCAUUCCCCACCUGUCGGGUGAGGGUUGUUAGAGUUUAUGUCAGCUGCCUUGCUCCUCCUCCUCCUCCUCCUCCUCAUCGUCCUUCUCCUCAACCGCCAGCUCCAGCUGGCAGUGUUCCCCGCCGGACCUCAGCCGCGAGCUUCGGCGGGCAGUGUUCCUCGCCGGACUUCAACGGCGAGUCAGAAGAUAUGCCACAUAGAACGCCAGAAAGAAUGUCAGAAAGAAUGCCAGAAGAUAUGCAGACGAUAUGCCAGAUAGAAGGUCAGAAAGAUGUGAGAAGAUAUGCCAGUCAGAAUGUUAGACUGAAUAUCAGAAGAGAGGCCAGAAAGAAUGUCAGAAGAUAUGCCAGAAAGAAUGCCGAAAGAAUGUUUCAAUGCAUGCCCAAAAACUUGCCAGAUUGA